AUGGCUGUAAAUUCUGCCCAAAUCGAUUUAAACUCUGAUGCUGUCUUGUUUGAUCGAGAGAAUGAGGUUAUGGGGUUGAAGUCUCUAGGGUCCAAUGUUAGUGUUGGUGUCUCUCAUUCUGAAACCCUAAGUGGUGACCCUAUUGGUGGUGGUGAGGUUCUAGUUCAUUAUCAGGCUUGUCAUGUUGGAGAUGAUAGAGAUGUCAAUGGAUCACAGGAGCAACUUUCUGGCGUUAACAAAGAUUGUGAUGUGAUGAUUGAUGACGGUGGAAAAAAGGGUUUGGGUGAAGGAUCUGAAUUGGUGGGUAUAGGGAAUGGUUUGGGGGCAGGAGUAGAAGUUGUUGAUGGAGGGUGUGAUGGGAAAGCAGGGGAGUUCUCAUGUGAGUUGGUGGAGAAUGGAGAUAAAGAAAGUGGGAUGGAGUGUUUAGAUGGAGCCCCAUUUGCUUGUGGAGAUGCAGAACCUGAUAAAGGUUUGGUUUUUGAAUUUGAUGACUGUGUUUGGAAUGAGCUGGGGUGUGAGAAUGCUAGGGAAGUUACUGAAAAUGGUUUGCCAAGCACUGAGGUUGCAUCAAAUAAUGUGGCUCAAGGAGUUGAUAAUAAUGUGACUGGGUGUGAUAAGGAGGUUAAGAAUGCUGCUUUGGUGAAUAUGAGUGCAGCUGUGGAAGAUGAUGGUGAGAUGAAUGCUACAGAUAGUUUGGUUGUUAAAGAUAGACAUGAAGAUCUGUGUGCCUCAGAAGUUGCAACCUGCCAAUUACUGGGUGGAAUUCCAUAUAUGGAAGAGACAGAUGUCGAUGACCGAGAAUCUUUGCCUGUGGAAGACUUGUCAAGAAAUCACCUUGAGCUAGAAACUUCAUAUGAAUUGAAACAGCCAACCUUUCAGGUAGAUGCACAAGUAGAUGUGCUGCAUAAUCAAACCAUAGGCAUUGAUAUUUCUGAAGCACAGCUGUUUGAGAAUAUUCAAAAUGAGUGUCAUGGUUUUAAUCUUGUUGUAGAUCUUAAUUCUUACAGAAACUUGCAGGAAAUUGGCAUCUAUCGGGAACCAGUGUUUUCAGGAUUGGAUUUCUGUGUAUCUGAUUUGGUAUGGGGAAAGGUGAUGGGGCAUCCUUGGUGGCCCGGUCAGGUCUUUGAUUCCUCAGCUGCAUCGGAGAAGGCAAAGAGGCAUCUGAAGGAAGACUCUUACCUGAUAGCAUAUUUUGGGGAUCAAACUUUUGCUUGGAACGAUGUGUCAAUGAUAAAGCCAUUUCAUAUGCAUUUUCCACAAAUGGAGAAGCAAAGUAAUUUAGAAAAUUUCCACCAUGCUAUUGACUGUGCUUUAGAUGAGGUCUCGAGACGGGUUGAGUUUGGCUUAUCCUGUCCUUGCAUGCCUGAAGAAGUGUUUUCUCAGCUUAAAACUCAAGUAAUUAGUAAUGCUGGCAUCCGUAAACAAUCAAGCAGAAGAAAUGGAGGGGAUAGAUAUAUCAAUGCAGCAUCUUUUGAACCCAUGAAACUUAUCAGUUUUAUUAAAUCAUUAGCCCAGUCGCCAUUUACUGAAUCUGAUAGACUGGAUUUUGUAAUUGCACGUGCCCAAUUGUUGGCCUUCUAUCGUUCAAAGGGUUAUUCUCAACUGGCUGAAUUUGCAGUGCUUGGUGGCUUGUUUGAGACUGAUAUGGAAAUUCUACAUGAGAGAGAGAAAGAGCAAUGCAAUUAUCAAGUUGAUGAGCAAGAAGUGAAGAUCUGUAAUUGCUAUUCACAGAAGCAUAAUCACAUCUCCUGGGAUAGCAAACAGGACAGUAAAAAACACAAACUUUUGUCAGAUUUGAUGUGUGAGAAGAGCUUCUGUAUUCCCAAUGGUGAAUGUACAACAGAAAGUAAAGGUAGUGAUAAUUCUACUCCACAGCGUCGUGGCAGGAAAAGGAAGACAGCUUACAAUACCUUGGAAUAUUUCCACAAUUCCCGAAAGAGAAAGUGCAUCCAAUUGCAGCAUGUUUCUACAAAUGAGAUGUGGUCUCAACUUUGCUUGGCUGCCAAGGAUCCAGCUGGAGAAAGUCACUCAAAUGACAUGGUAGAUUUUUUUGCUGAAUUUAAAAAAUCCAGUAGCCUUGAUUAUUCUGCUUCCUUGGAUCAAAUAGUGUCUUUGGAACAAAUGCGUGAGGGUGAGACCAGAGAUGCAUUGGGCUUUAUGACACCUGCGAUGCAGCCUUGCAAUGAUUCUUAUUGGACUGAUAGAAUAAUUCAAAGCAUUUCUGAGGAGCAAUCAUUGUCAAAAUACCAGAAUGAGGGAGCAGAUUUUUUGCAUGAGACUCCAGGUGAAGCUAAUUCUCUCUCUUUCAAGUCACAACCAGCUGCUGAAAUGACCACAAAUUUGGGUUUUGAGCAGCAAGAUGCUGAUAGAAAUCUGGGAUUAGAACCUUCUAAGCUUGUGGAACAUUUGGAUGAGAGUUCUAAGGAGGGCAUCUGCCUCACUGCUCUGACAUUGAAAUUUACAAGCUUGGAUUCUGUUCCUUCAACAACAGAUCUCAAUAAGAUUUUUGGCCGCUUUGGGCCCUUGAUUGAAUCGAAGACUGAACUGCUAGAGAGGACUAACCGUGCCAGAGUGGUUUUUCAAAGGCGUUCUGAUGCAGAAAAUGCUUUUAGUAGUGCUGGGAAGUAUAGCAUAUUUGGACCUUCACUUGUUAGUUACCGCCUCAAGAUUUUGCCCCCUAGACAACAAAAAGGCACAGGAAAGCGAGGAAGAAAAAGCAAAAAAGAAAAAAGUUCUGUGAAUGGCACCGCAGUUUGAUGCCUUGGCAUUGACCCUCCAAUCCAUUAGAACUCUAGGAACUGUUGUUUUUAUGUGAAUAUCAAUAUCAAUGUUCUAGUAUUAGUAUUUUGAUGAGCUAAGGCUAGCAUGCUUAUACAUAGAAUUGAGUAGCUGGCUAAUUGAUAUCUAGGAAUCUUUAGAGAGAGAAUCAAUUACAUUUUAUUGUUAGGUGCAUAUAUUUUGGAACUAAUACAGGGAAAUUUCUAACUUCAGCUG